CUCUGCGCAAGAAGGGGAAACAGCCCAAAGUGCACCUCUGAAGUCGUUACUUUUGAUUACCUCUGUCCAAACCCGCAUCACCAGCCAGCAGCAACAGGACGGACCAGUAAUACUCAGUCAUGGCGGCAACCAUGCUCCAUUAUCUUGGCUUUGGAAGCACCGCCAAUCCCACGGAAAGUCAACCAACAACCACGCAAUCGUCCGUGCGCUCCUUGCCCGCAUCAUGGUACACAUCGCAAGAAAUGUACGAGCUCGAGCGACGAGCAAUCUUUUCGCGGCGGUGGCUUAUGAUGACACACGCUUCUCGACUCAAGGGACCCGGUGACUGGCUCCGCUAUAACGUUGCUGGCUAUGAUCUGGUCAUUAUUCGUGACCGCGAAGGGAACAUCAACGCCUUUCACAAUGUCUGUAGGCAUCGCGCAUAUCCCGUGGUGGAGAAAGAAGGUCAAGGAACAGCCAUGAUCCUGGCUUGCAGGUACCACGGCUGGUCCUACGGCUUGAACGGCAAGCUGGCGAAGGCCACUGGGUUCAAGGAUAUCGACAAUUUUGACAAGGAAAACAAUGGUCUUUUGCGCAUUCACACCAAGACUGACAGGAAUGGGCUCAUAUGGAUCAAUAUGGAUGCUCAGGAGCUACCAGAGGUUCCAUGGGACGAGCAUUUCCAGGAUGUCGACGUGCAAGCACGAUAUGACCCCCUGAACUUUGACGACUAUGAGCUCGACCACACCUACGAACUCGACGGCGACUAUAACUGGAAGAUCCUCGCCGACAACUUCAACGAGUGCUACCACUGUCCAACGACGCAUGCGGACAUCCCGACUUUCUUGAACUUGGACUCGUUCGACAGUCAGCUGAAGGACGGCCAUAUUCAGCACGAAUGUGUGUAUACCAAGGAGCAACUGGACCGAGGCCUGAAUGUAUCGAGCACAUAUUACUUCCCGAAUGCAUCAAUGUCCGUCUCGCCUCACUUCAUGAUGAUUCAAAAGUUCCUGCCAGCGGGUCCGAAGAGAUCCGCCAUGCACUAUGAGAUCUAUCGCAACAAGCACUCAACAGACGAAGACUUCAAGGUCAUCAGCGAGAUGUACGCUCGUGUCAUGGCGGAGGACAAGGUUCUUUGCGCCAAUGCCCAAAAGAACAUCAACACGGGUGUCUACGUGAGUGGACAGCUCCACCCGAAGUUUGAGAAGGCACCGUUGUUCUUCCAGAGCACAGCGCGCCAGGUAGUCACGGAGCACUUCAGGCGUGAGAAGAAAGAGGGCAGGGAGGUGUGGGCGGCAAGACAGCCCUUGCCAGCCGAUGCCGCCGCGGUUCGAGAGGACGAGGAGGUCUGCCAAGGGUUAGCAUGCGGCUCGGACAAGGCGAGACUAUUUGAUUGGUAGUGAAGUGAGUCGCAAUGAUUUCUCUGCUCAUACAAGGACAGAUGAUUCUCAGAUGAACAAGAAAUGUUCUGCCUUUGAACGCAGACACAGUAUGUG